AAUUUUCGUGCCGUCUUUCGAACCAAUGGAGAGUGGCCGUUGACGGCGAUCAACAGCAGCAAGGUUUGAUGUCGCCGUGUUUGAUGGACAAACCCAAGACUACAAACAAGUUUGUUAGACUUGUCAAGCGAAACUUUAUCAGCGUGAUCUUUCCUACAGUUACUGUGCUCAGUAUCUACGCGGAUUUGAGGCAUACCGCUCGUUGGAAGCAACAACUUGCUGAGAAAGACCAAGAGAAACAACAAUGAGUGGUGGCAAUAUAUUUCAGACACAGAAGCACAUCUGGAAGAUGUACUGGACACUCAUAUUUCCAAUAACAGGUUUCUUUCUUGGCUACAAGUUUGACCGACUGGAAACAGAGAGAAUGACGAUGUUCCGAGAUAAAUCUGCUCUAUAUGGCAGAGAAAUGAAGCCAGGAGAGUCACCUUCUUGGCCAUAUUAAUU